CCGCGAGCGAAGUCUAGUCGGCAGUACCAGCUUCGGGUCAGAGGUACGGAGGUCCCGUUCUGAGGCGCUGGCUUCAGAGUCUGUAUUCUGAAUCUCUGGGAGGCUGAAUUGCUGCUGCUCACGACUCCUUCAUUUUCCAGCGCAGAACACCUGAAGGAGCUCCAGGAAGCAGGCGGAAAAGUCUUGUUGUGAAGCAGUGUCCACAGCUCACACAGCAGAGACCCAGGCGGCAUCAGGAGUCAAGGCAUCUGAGUCUUCAACAUCAAGCUCUUGCUGUCCUCAGGGAACAUCAUGAUGCCUCAUGGUCGUGGGAGCCCAGAAAGAAAGCUCGGGAGCGGCCGUCCUGCUCAAAGCCGUACACGGGCCCUGAUGGAUGUGCAGGUCCUCAAGGAUGAGGAGAAGGAAGCAGCAGCGAAUGCUUCCUCCUAUGCUUCAGUGGGGGCCACAACAAGAGAAGAGCCUGGGUCUGGGACACCAGGAUUUCCUCAAAAUAUUCAGGGCAACCUUUCUCCCCUCACUGCCUUGGGUUCUACUCCUAGGAGCCAAUGCUGUGAGGGCUCCAGUGGGCAAGGAGAGGAGGGUGCGAGUUCCUCCCAGGGUGAGGAAGCCUCUCAGAUCACACAGUAUGAGCUCCUAUAUGACAAGUUAGAUAAAUUGCUGCCAUUCCUGCUCCGGAAGCAUCAAAAGAAGGAGCAGGUCACUGUGGAAGAAAUGGUGCACACUGUGGAGUAUGAUUACCAGGCCCACUGCCCUCUGCUCUUUAGGGAGCUCUGUGAGUGCAUAUGUCUGAGCUUUGGCAUUGAGAUGAGGGAAGUAGAUGCCCUUGGGCGCACAUAUGAGCUUGUGCCCAUCUUGGGCCUCACUUUUAGUGGCCUUCUAGAUAAUGAGCUCCAGGCCAUUCCUAAAGCAGAGCUCCUGAUAUUUAUCCUGAGUAUAAUCACUGCAAAGGGCAGCAGGCUCAGUGAGGAGGACCUAAGGGAACUACUGAGAAAUAGCCAGGUAUUACGUGAGAGAAAGAAGGUUAUUGGGGAUCUCUGGAAAUUUCUUACAGAGGAUUUGGUACAGGAAGAGUACCUGGUGUACCAGCAGAUUCCUAACAGUGAUCCUGCUCACUAUGAGCUUAUGUGGGGUCCAAGGGCCCAUGCUGAAACCACCCAGGUGAAAAUGCUACAGCAUAUAUUCGACUGUGAUAGGACAGAUCCCAGGUCUUACCCACAUUUAUAUGAGCAGGCUUUCAGAAAUGAUAAAGAUAUUUUCAGCGCCCCUGAGGGCCAGGAUGAGUGACAGGGGCAGGGAAUGUUCCACAACCACGUCACUGAUUAGAUUUCACCCUUUGUUAAAUGACACCCAAUAUCAGUUAACGUUUCUGGAUACCAGGCAGUUUUCUAAGCAGUGAAGGAACAAGGGAGAAAGUGAAUAUGGUGCAUAGUAUCUUGUUAUUUUUCUACUUGGGUUACUAUUUAAUUAAUAUGUGAGUUCUUCAUGAUUUUUGAAGUCCUUUUUUGUUUUUUGAGAGAUUUAAGUAGCUUGCAAAUCUUACUUGAAGAAUGAUGCUGAUCUCAUAUUUUUUGUUUUUUAUUCAUGUUUAAUUGUGAUUUCUGAUGCGAAUACGAUUUUGUGAUAUUGUUCACAAUGUUUUUUGUGAAGGAAGCCUUACAUUUUAUUUCUGAUAAUAUAAGAUUGGAAUAGUGAUUUCCUUGGAAAUGUGUAAGUUUGCAUACAGUUAAAUGACGCCUAGAAAUAGACAUAAGGAUAAAAUCAUUUCUUGGAUUCUUUUUCUUUUGCCCUAUUGUUCUAUACUAUUAAAAAUAUAUGUA